AUGUUUUCAUUAACGUUAUUAACACUUGUUUGUUAUGUUUUAGGAAAUCGACAUAUUCUUGAUACCCCUUGUAUGACAGAUUUUGUUGCAGUUAAUUUAAAUUCUCCAAGAAUCAUUGUCAAUGAAAUCAAGUAUUGUUAUGACAAAAUUCCUGAUUUUCGUACAUCAGUUCAUGGACAUAACAUCAAAUCAGAUUGUUAUAUAAAUGAAUAUUUAAUUGGAGUUAAUAAAAGUACAAACACUGUUAAUAGAUGUGGUGAAUGGCUUGAGGUUGUAGGGCCAUCACAAAAUCCUGUUAUGUGCAUGAUUGCUGGCUCAGUUGACGUUACUAUUAAUGGUGCUAACCCUCAAAUAUACACUCGAAUUAUUGGAGUAAGAAAUUCAAUAUUCAGUCAAAUUACUAUAGCUAGUGGAACUUCAUUACCACUGAGUCAAGUAACAGUGGCAGAAUCUGAUUUUGAUUUAAGGAUUAAUCCAUCGUUAUAUGUUUUAAGUAAAAAUGAUACUCAUGCAAUAAUUCAAUUUACUGACCAUAAUAGACCACCAGAAAAAAUAGAAAUUAUUGAUGGAGAAUUGAAUGAAGAAAUUAAAAUUAAUUCUGAUGAUACAUUUACUAUUCAAUUAUUUUCACAUUCUAUUAAUAUUUAUCUUAUUUCCUUUGACAGUGAAAAGACUGAAUUUAAAGGGAUAGAUUUAAAUACAAUAACAAGAUAUGCUACUGAUGAUCGUUUUGUUUCUUAUAAUUUAAGAAGUUGUAAAUAUUUAGCUGAUACUCAAAUGUUUAUUGAAGGAAAAAAUUACACUAACAUUCUUCCUAUGUUUAGAUGGAAGAUGUAUUAUAUUGCUGAUAAUGACAAUGUUACAAGUUUUCCAUUAACUGAGUCAAUAAUUCAAUUUGAUACACCAUCAGAUCCUAUUUCUACAUGUUUCUUAUAUUCAACACCCUUACGACUGAACCAAGACUUUAAAGAAUUAAGAAUGGACUUUAGGUGUAGUGACCUCCAUUCUUAUAAAUUUAUUGGAGCAAAUUUAUAUUACACUGAUCGUAUAUCUUCAGUUGACAUGAAAACUGCUAAUUUAAUUAGUUCAGAUUUACCAACCAAAUACUAUUUUGACAAAGAUGGUGAAACUAUUCAUAUGAAAAUUGGUUUUGAUGCUUCUUCUUAUCAAUACUCUAACUUUAUUAAAAUUACUCAUUCUGUUCCUAUUGGUACUACUCUUUCUCUUAAAAAAAGUUAUUUAAUUCGUUCUAAGGCAAAUGAUAAUCAAACAGAAUGCGACCAUACUACUUUUGACUGCCAAUUUACUGAAUGUACUAUUACAACUACUUCAAGUGCUAGCCCAUGGCAAGAAAAUUGUCAACCAACUUGUGGAACUUGUAGAGUUGGGUAUGUUUGCUCUGACCAAGGUUUUUGUUUAAAAGAACAAAACUUUAAUCAAAGAAGUGGAUGUUUAAAUCUUAUUAUUUCGAUGUUUGUUCUAGCUCUUCUUCUUGUGCUUUAA